UCUUUCUGUUUGAUUUCUAGGGCCUGGGUUCCAAUAAAUAAUUGCUACCUCAUGUCUAAAGAAAUUCCUUUUUCUGUGAAAAAGACAAAAAGCAUCUUCAAUAGUGCAAUGCAAGAAAUGGAGGUUUAUGUUGAUAACAUUCGUAGGAAGUUUGGAGUAUUUAAUUACGCACCUUUCCGGACACCGUAUACUCCCAAUAAUCAAUACCAAAUGUUACUAGAUCCUACAAACCCAACUGCCGGAACUGCCAAGACAGACAAGCAAGAGAAAAUCAAACUGAACUUUGAUAUGACAGCAUCACCGAAGAUUCUCAUGAGCAAGCCUAUGCUGAGCAGUAGCACAGGUCGUAGGAUUUCGCUGACAGACAUGCCGCGGUCACCAAUGAGCACAAACUCAUCAGUCCACACCGGAUCUGACGUUGAGCAGGAUGCAGAGAAAAAGGCAACUUCCAGCCAUUUUAGUGCAAGUGAAGAAUCCAUGGAUUUUAUUGAGAAAAAUACAGCUUCUCCUGCACCAACAAGAACAGGUCAAGCAGGGAGCUUGUCAGGCAGUCCCAAACCCUUCUCUCCUCAAGCAUCAACGCCAAUUUCUGCUAAGCAAGAAAGAACUGCCACUCCAGGGAGCAUUCUGAAUCUGAAUCUUGAUCGAAGCAAAGCUGAGAUGGAUCUGAAAGAGCUGAGUGAGUCAGUCCAACAGCAGUCCACUCCUGUGCCCCUCAUUUCACCAAAACGACAGAUACGUAGUAGGUUCCAGCUUAAUCUUGACAAGACAAUAGAGAGUUGUAAAGCACAACUUGGAAUAAAUGAAAUAUCUGAAGCUGUUUAUACUGCAGUAGAACACAGUGACUCUGAAGAUUCUGAAAAAUCUGACACCAGUGACAGUGAAUAUAGUGAUGAGGAUCAGAAAUCUAAAAAUGAUCAAGAAGAUGGAGAGGAUAAGGAAGGUACACGAAGUGACAAAGAAUCAUUAAGCUUGAAAAAAAAACCUAAGCCCCCAGCACAGAAUGAAGAUAAGGAGGAACUUAAAAGCACAAGUCCAGAAGUGGAGAAAACAGAUGACCCAGUCAAAGAAAAGGCAAUUACAGACACUGAAAAAGAAUUUUCUGAAAAGGGAAAAAGUUUGCAACAUCCUGCAAAAGAAAAACUGAAAGGUAAAGAUGAAACAGACUCUCCAACAGUGCAUCUAGGACUGGACUCUGAUUCUGAGAGCGAACUUGUCAUCGAUCUGGGAGAUGAUCAUUGUGGGCGUGAAGGACGGAAAAACAAGAAAGAAUCAAAAGAACCUCCUCCUAAACAAGAUGUUGUAGGUAAAACUCCACCUUCUUCCAGUGCAAGCACCCAGCCCCUACCAGAAACUCCAGUUCUCACCCGCUCUGCAUCCCAGACUCCACCAGCUGGUGUGACUGCAACUACUAGUGCUACUUCUACUGUUAGUGCUCCGUCUGCAGCCACUGGAAGCCCUGUGAAAAAGCAGCGGCCUCUGCUGCCUAAGGAAACUGCACCUGCUGUGCAGCGAGUAGUGUGGAAUUCUUCAAAUAAAUUUCAGACAUCUUCUCAGAAAUGGCACAUGCAGAAGGUGCAGAGACAGCAGCAACAGCAGCAGAACCAGCAGUCUCAGUCACAGCAACCUCAAUCCUCUCAAGGGACGAGAUAUCAGACAAGACAAGCAGUUAAAGGUAUACACUUCUAACUCGAUGUGCCCAUGAU